AUGGCAGCAGCAGGAGCGGGAUCAAGCCGCUUUCAGGCAUUCAUGAACCACCCUGCGGGGCCUAGGACGGUCUUCUUCUGGGCCCCCAUCAUGAAGUGGUGCCUCGUCGCCGCUGGGAUCAAGGAUCUCUCUCGCCCACCAGAGAAGCUUUCCGUUUCUCAAAACAUUGCUCUGGCAGCUACGGGCAUGAUCUGGGUUCGCUACUCCCUCAUCAUCACGCCUAGGAAUGUCAACUUGGCCGCUGUCAACUUCUUCGUGGGGGCGACCGGAAUGGUACAGCUUUACAGGAUUUGGGACCAACGCCGUAACCAGGCGGCUACACCCGUGCAGGCGGCCAUUCAGCAGGAGCAGGCGCAGAAGUCGUCGUAGUCAGCCUAUGCGGGACGCUGCUGCUUGUAUCUGUAUAUUUUGGUCGAGGCGAAUCAAC